CAUAGAAGUGUUUUUUCUCCUCCCUCCAUCUUUUCCUUCAUUCUUCUCUCAGGAAGCUGUUAAAGCAGUGGGAGGAGCUGCAGCAGCAGGUGCGCUCCCUGAGGCUGAAGGAGGGGUCCCUGACCAGGACAAAUGCAGAGCUCAGUCACCGUGCCCAGCAGCUGGACACCCGUCUAUCCACCCUGGAGGCUGAGCUUAACAAGACCAGAGAGGAGGCGAGAGACAGCCAGACGUCAAGCCACAGACUGAAGGAGGACCUGGCAGUCAGUCAGCAGGAAUAUGACAGACUGCAGGCUGAGCUGCAGCAGGUUCACCUCCAACUGGACACACAUGAAGUACAAUGAAAAUAAGAGUCGGCACAAGACCAAGCUGCGUCAGGUUAAGCAGGCCUUUCAUAAAGCCACUACACAAAGGGACAGCACCAUUCAGAAGCUGGAGGAUGACCUGAUGCUGGCCUCCAGCCUCACAAACAAGGAGAAGGAGAGGGUCCGUAAAGUGGUGGAGGCAAAUGAGAAGCUUUUGGAGGAGAAGAGGGUGCUGUCGCUGAGGAUAAGUGAGGCAGAGGAAAUGGGCAGCAAUGGCAUGAGGGCCGCAUCCACAGCUCAACACAGGGUCAGUAUUUUAGAUGUGGAAAACAGACAACUACAGGAUCAAACGCUGAAGCUGUCCAAUCAAGUCAGUUUCUUAGAGCGUGCCCUGAGGAACGUACAGCCGUUCUACAGCCCGGAGAAUGCCAAGAAAGUGCUCCCCUCUGACAGCCUCUGUGACGGCAUCCUACAUACAUCCACGCUAAGUCUGACGUCAGGUUUGUGUAACCCGUUGGACAUCCUGGACGCAAAGAACUGUAUGAAGGUUGGCGAUUGUGCAGUGUUGGACAGCACUGGAGCAUCUGUGUCCAAACAACAGGCAUCAGAGCAGGAGUACCUGAAUCUCAUCUCCCCAGUGGUUCCUCCAGACACCAAAGGCACAGAAGGGAACACUAAUAACAGUGAUGAGACUGAAGACAAAAAUCAGAACAAAGGGUAGAUGUAGUCUUUGAAAAAAGACAAAAAUAAUAAAAAGGGGGCUUUCACUGCAGUUCUGCUCAGUUUGAUGUUUGUGUUUUGGGGGAUUUGUAAGAAAAAAAGUUUCAAUCAAUAUUUGUAUGACACAUUUAAAGGAAACAGGAUAUUCUGAUGGAUUCUUAUUUUUGGAAGGUAUAAACAUAAAGCGCAAUCAUGUAUGUACAAAGCGUGUGACUUAAGAGUUGAUCGAUUCUUGCAUUAUUGCAUCACACUACUAUAGUAAGAAUGCCCUGUAUUGGCUUGUGGGAAAGAUUUUUUUUAUUGUUUUGUAUCUUAUGAUACAUGAGUGAUUUGACUAGUGAGUGAUUAUAAGAAGUUUUAUUUGUGACUUAUUCUGGG